AUGGCGAUCAAGAUGAACCCCGUUGUUCUCAUUGCUGUUCUUCUCACUUUCUUGGUCAAUUUCAUCCAUGCCGCUCCAUUUCAAACCACUCAGCCUAAUGGCCUUCGUUCCGUCCUCGACAACUUCGACAAAGUGUUGAAUGGUGUGACAGCGCUUGACAACGCAGUCAAAGUAUUCAACAACAAGACUGACGAACUCCAUAUCCGCACGCUUACUUAUAACGUUGAAUGGUUGACCAUGACCACCUGGGAUCAUGUCACCAAGUCCAAAGACUUCAACGACAAAGACAGCAAGAACAUCACCGCAGCUCAUCUCAAGCUUGGGAAAAGCCUCGGGACUAUGCUUGGUGAACUGGUUGCGAAGAAAGACGCUAUCAAGAAGGUGAACAAGUCCGACUUCAUGUUCAACAACUUUGAAAGCCUUCACGAGCGAAUCUUUCCACUUUCGGAUGCCUUGGAGAAUAAAACUACCGAUCCUGAGAGCAAGACCAUUGAUGCUAUCACUGAUCAUAUUGACAAGGCGUUUGAGAGUUCGCUCAAACAGCUCCUCUAG